ACAGACUGAGCGCAAGGUCAGUUUGGAGCGGGUGGCAGACUGCCUGGGGGCGGGAGACCCUCCUCGGGGCUGGGCGGAGGCCUUUAAGCACCUCGCCAUAUUGAAAGGCCACGCUGAGCCGUCUUUGUCUGCAGAGUCCUCCCAAGAACUUUCAGCUAUAUCCUGGUGUCUGGGGCAAGGGAGAAGCGAUCGGAGCUCGUGGGACCCCAACUUGGAGCCGGGACACUGGCGAUUCCAGUUUGGACUGAACUUUGAGCCUCGGGAAUGAGCGUGCUUCAGUUCAUGUAAGCAUCCUGGAAAACUGCUUGCUACAACUCCGAGGGGGUUGGGGAAGCCAACUUGGACUUGUUUCCUGAAGAGAAAAUUGUAGGGAGGAGACACUCUGUGCGAGCAGAGUUGCUAGGACUGUCCACCGCCCCCUCCCCAAGACUAGCAGCCAAGUGUCUGGGCUUUUUGCCCCCACUCGAGCGUCCACGCUGGAGAUCUUAAAGACUCUCGAAAAAAGCCACGUAGGGGGAUGGUUCCCCUGGGGCUUCCUUCCGUCUCCCGAUUGCCUGAUCCUCUGGAGUGUCCCCGACGUCUGCAAAGAUGUCGAUCUGGACGUGUUAGUGGAGGCCUUAAGGCCUGUGGGCACCUUUAAGAAAAUCGGAAAGGUGUUCCGCAAAGAAGAGGACUCCACGGUGGGGAUGCUGCAGAUUGGGGAGGAUGUUGACUAUCUGCUCAUCCCCCGGGAGGUCCGCCUGGCUGGGGGCGUGUGGAGAGUCAUCUCCAAGCCUGCAACGAAGGAAGCUGAGUUUCGGGAGCGGCUAAUCCAGUUUUUGCAGGAGGAGGGCCGCACCCUGGAAGAUGUGGCCCGUAUCAUCGAAAAGAGCACUCCACACCCACCCCAACCCCGCAAAAGAACCAAGGAGCUGAGAGUGAGGAGAGUCCCGCAGAUGGUCACUCCUCCACUUCGGCUGGUUGUAGGUACCUAUGACAGCAGCAAUGGCAGCGACAGUGAGUUGAGUGACUUCGAUACCUCCAAAGUCAAAGGCAACAGGAGCUCCUCCGGGAGGACCAGGAAGGUGCGCAAAAUGCCGGUCAGUUACUUGGGCAGCAAAUUCCUGGGCAGCGAUGUGGAGAGUGAGGAUGAUCAGGAGCUGGUGGAGGCCUUCCUCCGCCGUGGGGAGAAGCCCAGCGCGCCUCCUCCACGACGCCGAGUCAAUCUUCCAGUGCCCAUGUUUGAGAACAACCUGGGGCCCCAGCCAUCCAAGGCCGACAGAUGGAGGGAGUAUGUUAGCCAGGUGUCCUGGGGGAAGCUGAAACAGAGGGUGAAGGGCUGGGCACCCAGAUCAGGCUCCGAGGUGGGCCAGACCCAGCAGGCCUCCACAGCAGCUGAGAGGGCUGGAGAAAUGAGACACAGCCAAGCCAGCUCGGACGAUGAUAGCUCCAGAAACACAGGAGACCGGAGUGACCAGAUGCUGGGUACUAGACGCUGGAAGCCCAAGAUCAAGUGGGUUUCCCUGAGACGAUGCAGGAAGGAGCAGGUGCCACCCUUCGCUCAGGGAACAGGCAUGCCAGCUGAGGAGCACCCAGAGGCUGCAGAGAACCAGGGGGCAGAGGCUGCAGCUAACCAGAGGGCAGAGCCUCUAGCUAGUCCAAGGGCAGAGGCUGCAGCUAGUCCAAGGGCAGAGACUGCAGCUGAUCCAAGAGUAGAGGCUGUUGCUAGUCCAAGAGCAGAGGCUGCAGCUAGUCCAAGGGCAGAGGCUGUAGCUGAUCCAAGAGCAGAGGCUGCAGCUAGUCCAAGGGCAGAGGCUGCAGCUAGUCCAAGGACUGAGGCUGCAGCUAGUCUCAGGGCAGAGGCUGUUGCUAGUCCCAGGGCAGAGGCUGCAGCUAGUCCAAGGGCAGAGGCUGCAGCUGAUCCAAGAGCAGAGGCUGCAGCUAGUCCAAUAGCAGAGGCUGCUGCUAACCAGAAGGCAGAGCUUGUAGAUAGUCCAAGGGCAGAGACUGCAGCUGAUCCAAGAGCAGAGGCUGCAGCUAGUCCAAGGGCAGAGGCUGUAGCUGAUCCAAGAGUAGAGGCUGCAGCUAGUCCAAUAGCAGAGGCUGCUGCUAACCAGAAGGCAGAGCUUGUAGAUAGUCCAAGGGCAGAGACUGCAGCUGAUCCAAGAGCAGAGGCUGCAGCUAGUCCAAGGGCAGAGGCUGCAGCUGAUCCAAGAGCAGAGGUUGCAGCUAGUCCAAGGGCAGAGGCUGCAGCUAGUCCAAGGGCAGAGGCUGAAGCUAGUCCAAGGGCAGAGGCUGCAGCUAGUCCAAAGGCAGAGGCUGAAGCUAAUCUGAGGGUAGAGGCUGCAGCUUAUCUCAGGGCAGGAGUCCCACCUGACCAGAGGGCAGAAGCCAUAGAUAGUCAGAGGGCAGAGGGCCCAGCUAACCAAAGAACUGGUGCUACAGAAAAUCAGAGGGUGGAGGUCCUAGCUGACCAAAGGGCAGGGGUCCUCCAUGACCAGAGGGAGGAGGCAGGACCUCAGGGUAUACAGGAAGCCUCAGCUGGUUCGGGAUCUAGGGCCCAGAAACAGGUAAAGACAGUGAGGUUCCAGACCCCAGGACGCUUCUCAUGGUUUCGCAUGCGCAGGAGAGUCUUCUGGCACACUCCCAGGUUGCCAACCCUGCCCAGGAGAGUCCCCAGGGCAGGUGAGGCCAGGAGCCUCCGGGUACUAAGGGCUGACAUCAGAGCAGAUGUGGAACACAGAGAGCAAGAAGAACAGCUGUAAGGGAAGCCCAGUGCCCCUGCCCCCUGCCUGCCUUUGUUAGCUACUGGGAUGCCUCUCUCCUUUUCAGGUUCCUUCUCUCUCCAUGUUUGAAAAUGGGGGGGGGGCAGGGGUGAGGGGUCAGGCAGCACCGCCCACACCUUUCCUCCCCUUUCCACCCUCAUUCUCUAACCUUUCCUCUUCUUCCCUCUCCCUUUCUUCUCUCUCUUUUUCUUUCCUUCUGUCUCUAUUUUUUAUUUAAGACAGAGUCUUGCUAUGCAGCCCCGAUGGCCUGGUGCUCCAUAUAUAAUUGGCCUCAAACUCACAGUAGUCGUCUACCUUAGGGCCCAGAGUACUAGGGUUACAGGUGUGUGCCUCUACAUCUGGCCCCAAUGACCCUCUUUUGUUUUGUGUUGUUUGAGACAGGGUCUCUCUAUCUAGCCCCAGCUGGCCUGGAACUCGCAGUGUAGACCAGGCUGGCCUUGAACUCACAGAUCUGGAUGGCUGCCUCUGCUAGGACUACAGGCAUGUGCCACCAUGCCCAUCUUUCAGUGGCCUACUAUAUCAUCUUGCUUUUAUGUGAUGAGAUUGUGUGUUCAGGGUGGUGUGGCUAUAGAAACACUUAAAUUUUUUUUUAUAUGUUGAUUUUUUAAAAUACUAAGUAUAGCAUCUUAAAGAAUGAAAGACAUAAGCCCGUGGAGCCUGGCGGCCUGGGUGGUAUUUUAACUUCUUAUGUAUUUUAAGUGCUCACAGCCUGGCAAAGGGAAAUGGGUAGAGGGGGGGGGGAAUCAGUCUGUCCUUUUUCUUCUGUCUGUAACUAAUUUUGAUUGAUGGCCUUUUUGCACUUAAAGAGAAAACUCAAGUUGAUAUGCAAAUAAAAAUGUGUACAAGGUG